UGCUUGCGCAAAGCCUGUCGGGAUACCGUUGGCCGGUGGGCGCCAUAUUGGAGUCCAACUAUUGUUAUAAAAAGAGACGGGGCUGCUGUUAGCUGAGUUUAUGGUUUCUUCAAGUUUGAUUUAAAAAUAUACAUAUAUUGUAUUUUCUACGAAGGGUCAUGAAAGAAAUGUCAGCUUCGGGAAAUAAUAUGCUUGGUGGGCAGCAGCCUCAGAAACACUAUGGCAUCACAUCCUCAAUCAGCCUGGCCUUUCCCCGGGAUAUUGACCAUAUGUACACUCAGAAACUCAUGGAGGCUAUGAAACCUUUUGGAGUGUUUGAGGAUGAAGAUGAGCUUAAUCACAGGCUUGCAGUUCUUGGUAAACUGAAUUCGUUUGUUAAAGAGUGGAUUGCAGAUAUCAGUGAAUCAAAGAAUCUGCCACCUUCAGCUGUAGCAAAUGUUGGGGGCAAAAUCUUUACCUUUGGGUCCUAUAGACUGGGAGUGCACACAAAAGGCGCUGAUAUUGAUGCCUUGUGUGUGGCACCUCGACAUGUUGAAAGGAGUGAUUUUUUCACAUCGUUUUUUGAAAAACUGAAACAGCAUGAUGAGAUCAAGGACUUACGGGCUGUAGAAGAUGCAUUUGUACCAGUGAUCAAAUUCAAGUUUGAUGGCAUUGAGAUUGAUCUUCUUUUUGCCAGACUUGCCCUGCAGUCUAUCCCAGAUAACCUGGACCUUAGAGGUGAUUCUCUGCUCAGAAACCUGGAUAUUAGAUGUAUUCGCAGUUUAAACGGUUGUCGUGUCACUGAUGAAAUCCUGUAUUUGGUGCCCAACAAAGAGAACUUUAGACUUACUCUGCGGGCCAUCAAACUGUGGGCUAAGCGUCGAGGAAUUUACUCCAAUAUGCUUGGUUUCCUGGGUGGGGUGUCUUGGGCCAUGCUGGUGGCCAGAACCUGUCAGCUUUACCCAAACGCUGUGGCGGCCACACUUGUGCACAAAUUCUUUGUCUUUUCCAAAUGGGAGUGGCCAAAUCCUGUCCUUUUAAAGCAACCUGAAGACAGUAACUUGAAUCUGCCAGUCUGGGACCCGCGGGUUAACCCAUCAGACAGGUACCAUUUGAUGCCAAUUAUCACACCUGCAUAUCCCCAGCAAAACUCUACCUACAACGUGUCCACCUCCACCCGCACCAUCAUGAGCGAAGAGUUCAAAUAUGGCCUUACAGUUACAGAUGAAAUCCUACUGGGGAAGGCUGAAUGGUCCAAGUUGUUCGAGCCACCAAACUUUUUUCAAAAGUACAAACAUUAUAUUGUGCUCACUGCCAGCGCCUCAACUGAAGAGAACCACCUCGAAUGGGUUGGGCUGGUAGAGUCAAAGAUUAGAGUGCUGGUUGGCAAUUUGGAGCGAAAUGAAUACAUCACACUUGCUCAUGUGAAUCCACAGUCUUUUCCCUGGUCGAAGGAGAGUCGCAAUGAUAAUGACUUUGUUUCGAUGUGGUUCAUUGGAUUAAUUUUCAAAAAGUUGGAGAAUGCAGACUGUGUGAACAUUGAUCUGACCUACGACAUCCAGUCCUUUACAGACACUGUCUACAGGCAAGCCAGUAACAUUAACAUGUUAAAGGACGGAAUGACUAUUGAAGCCACGCAUGUCAAGAAGAAGCAGCUACAUCAAUACCUGCCUGCGGAACUUGUGCACAGAGGCAAGAAGAAGAGCUUGGGAGAUCUUAAUCGCAGUUCAAAUGGUGGUGGAUCUAAACGCUGUUCACUGGAUGGAAGUCAGCUGGACAGUUCCAGAGACACAGAUACAGGCACCCCGUUCAGCUCUCCGACCCCAAUUAGUAAAAGUUUCAAGUCAGCCUCCACACCUGACGACAGCAGUACUCCAUCCAAGCCUUCAGUUCCCAUGUUUGUGGAUAGCUCGCCAUCCCCGGAGGUGUCUCCUCCAAAGAAUGAGCCAGGAAUGUCCAUUCCAGUCAUUGGAACAAAGACAUCAGUCGCACAGGUGGCCAAGCACACAGUGCCCGUUGCAGGGAGCACCAUUCCCACUGUGGUGGGCCGAAACGUGAUGCCUCGUAUGAGCCCGCCCAACACCAGUUCGUCUGACCUGACUAACGGCCUGAAUGGAGCUGCACCUAAGAGACCCCACUCCCCUUCACUGGAGGAGCCACACAAGAAACUAAAAGACACAGAGCCGCAAGUGUUUGCUGAUGAUUAUAACUUUAAAGAACCAUACCCACCUUCCCCUAAUGGCCAGGAAACAGUAGAUGACCCAGCAUCAGAGGGUCAUUCAAUUACAAAGCCUAUGCCCAUUCCCACUAUCGAUACAUCAAGGACACAGAGGCUACCCAGUAAAGAACUGCCAGACGCUUCCUCUCCAGUACCUACAAGCAAUUUGCGUGUCAUUAAGAACUCAAUCAGACUCACCCUUAACCGAUAGCAGUGAACUCUCCGUAGGUAAUGGUUAAUGUGGCAGCCAUUCCAGGAUUUAUUUUUUUCCUUUUCAUCUUAAUUUACCAUCAUUCAGAUUGUAUACCUGGAGGCUACUUGAGAGAGCCAGAAACUGUGGACAGCAUUAAUGCUUUUAAUUUCAGGCUACCACAGGUGCUCAUCUGAUCUUCCUUGAGACAUUGUAAAACAUUAUCAGUAUAAAGUAUUAGACCAUGUUUGUUUUUUUUUUGUUUGUUUUUUUUUUUUCCAUAUUAUAUAUGUAUACUGCCUCAAUGUGUCAAAUACUUGCUAAGUGGGCACCUAACUGAGCGUGUUUUGAAAUGUAUAUUGUACAGUAGAUGUAGUUUGUAUAUAAUGUCUUUAGUCAUUGUUAAUCUUUCUAUACCAUUCUAUUGUAGUUUUUACUAACAAAAAAAGUUAAAACAAAAAAAAAAGUUUGUGUAAGAGUCCCCCUUACCCUCUCACCUUUUUCUUUUCUUUUUCUCCCCUCUCUCUCUCUCCUCCCCUUAUCUUAACCACUGCCCCAGUUUCCAGUCUUUUGCUAUGAUUGCCAUGAAUUCGAAAAGUGUUUAGAUUAGGAUGUUUAUUAAGGCUGAGUGGUACUUAAGUGGGCCUGCUUUAUCCAAAAUUAGACCUAUUUACUGAUAAAUCCACUGACCUAGCACUUAUGUAUUUACUCAACCUGCUACACAGUGUAAAGGCUGAGGUUGGAUAUUGUCUGUAAGGCCAGGCUGGACAGAGCAGGCCAUGUUAGGUUUGUGUUUUGUUAAAAAUUAUAUUAUUGCAGUAUGAGCGAAGAGUGUGUGUGAGUGUGUGUGAGUGUGUGUGUGUGUGUGUGUGUGUGUGUGUGUGUGUGUGUGUGUGUGUGUGUGUGUGUGUGUGUGUGUGUGUGUGUGUGUGUGUGUGUGUGUGUGUGUGUGAUUUAUUCCUGACUUUGGGGCUCUACCCCUGCGCCUCCCAUGGAGGUUUCGUUGGCAGCAGCAUAUUACUUUCAGCAAAAAGAGACAAAUGGAGAGUGUUUCUCAAAUGCCCCCCCUCUUCUUUUUCCUUUUUUGUUUCUUUCUUUCCACAAACCUCUGCUCUCCCCACAGAUGUACAGUUUAAAAAAAAAAAAGUAUUAAAAACGAGGCUUGCUACUCA